CUCAGCUCCUUUUGUAUCUGCUUUCAUUGCUGCAAACCUCACCUCCUUUUGGUGGAGAAAAAGAUGGCAGGACCUCUGAAACAGCUGUCAGUCGGCAAGGACCAUCUCUGCAGCUAACCUCGACCCAAACAUGAUCUUCACCGGACUCUGGAGUGACAGUAUCAGUACAUCCAGGCCUGUGAGAGAGAGCAAGCACCAUCACCACCUCCCAGUUUGCUGCAGCUGCAGAAUCAGCAAUUGCAAGGCACAGAGAUCAGCCUGUAAUCUGACAGCCAAGCUGUGAGUCUCAGCCCUGCAAAUAAGAGAGACAUUUUUUUUUUUAAAAAGGAGGAAUCCAGGUUAGGAAGCAUUUCCUACAAGAAUGAGUGAACAGAGUAUCUGCCAAGCGAGAGCUUCCGUCAUGAUAUACGAUGACACCAGUAAAAAAUGGGUGCCCAUCAAACCGGGACAGCAGGGGUUCAGCAGAAUUAAUAUUUAUCACAACACUGCCAGUAACACCUUCAGAGUAGUUGGAGUAAAACUUCAAGAUCAACAAGUAGUUAUAAACUAUUCACUUGUAAAAGGUCUGAAAUACAACCAGGCCACGCCAACGUUUCACCAAUGGAGAGACGCUCGACAGGUUUAUGGCCUGAACUUUGCGAGCAAGGAGGAGGCCACUGCGUUUUCCAAUGCCAUGCUGUUUGCGCUAAAUAUCAUGAAUUCACAAGAUGGAGGUCCUGCAGCCCAACGCCAAGUCCCGAAUAUUCAAAAUGGGCCCUCACCUGAUGAAAUGGAAAUACAACGAAGGCAAAUGAUGGAGCAACAACAGCAGCAACGUCAGGAAACCUUGGAAAGGAGGACCUCAACAACAGGAAGAGGGCAUGAGGCGAGUCAGCGCCCACAACUGAAAAGCAUUCUGCACGGCCGCCCAGCGGGCACAUCCCAAAGGCCAGAUAUGAUGGCCACCCGGGACCCAGGCAAAUGUGACCUUUCUAUCCUUCAGAUAAACGUGUCCCCUCCUUCCCACUGCCAGUCUCCUCCUCCUGACUACAGUAACUACAGCGCUUCUCCUUCUGCUGGUGCUGUCCCACCACCAUCUUAUGCAAAAGUUAUCUCAGCAGCAUCAACUGUCCCAGAACCCAAUAUUAAGUCCACUUACAAGUCCACUAACAGAACCAGCGAAUCCCCUGACUUGCGGCACAGCUAUUCUGGAUUAGAACCUUCAACCUCCGAGGGUUCUGUCUGUUCUACAAUAUGGCCAAGCAAUGGAACAGUAGCCCGGAGCCUCAAGCAAAUCUCUUUGUCCCCACCACCUGCUCCUGGUUCCCAUUCCCCAUUAACCCCUCAUCAGUCUGUUCAACAUCCCUCAGUGUCAUUCUCUCCUCGUCCUGUUUCUCCUCCUGUGUCAUCAGUGCUGAAGAGCUUAUCACCGCAAUCACCUAUUCCAAUUAACCUUCCACUGAUUCCUGUCCAGAAUGACAGAAUCAAAAAAUGUACAGAAAAAUUGGUCCAAAAAACAAAUGUACCUCAGAUAGACCCACCGGACCAAGUAAAUGACACUUUAAGGACUCAGAUUUCUCUAAGCAACCCAAAACCCCAAGCUAAAAGUGGUGAUCAUUCUUACUUAUCGUAUCUAGAAACUGUACCCAUAGCUCAGUUACCAUUGCUUACCGACUCUGCCGGAUCCCUGACACAAGCAUCUUCUCUACCUUUCCAACUUCCCUCUCAUGCUUCUCAGCAGUCACACCAGUUCAUAUCAAACUUUGUUUCAUUACCUCCCCCUUAUGCUGCUGUAUCUGAGGUGAAUUUGUCCAAGAGGACCCCACCUUACAUGACUUCACCAGCCAUUUCCCAGUUGAGUCCUAUGCUUCCAACUGGGCACCCAUCAUCUGCUGUUAUGGUAGCAUCAAUAGGGGUUGGAGUACUACCUGCUCCAGCAAGUGGUCCACCUCCCCCACCGCCACCUGGACCACCGCCACCAUCUGGAGGGACACCACCACCUGCCCCUCCUCUGCCAGCAGGAGGAAGCCAAGGAAUAGUCUAUGAAGAAAGCCCAGUCUCUGGUCUUGCUGCAGCUUUGGCUGGUGCCAAACUGAGAAAAGUACAACGGCCAGAAGAUUCUUCAGGAAGUUCAAGUCCAUGUGGAGCCUCCAAAACAGAUGCCAAUCGAACAAGUAGUGGUGGUGGUGGAGGAGGACUAAUGGAGGAAAUGAAUAAACUGCUGGCAAAAAGAAGAAAAGCAGCCUCUCAAACAGAAAAACCAGGUGAUAAAAAGGAAGAGGAAUGCCAAAACGAAGAUGCCAGCCUCUCAUCUUCUCCCAAUACUCGAGGUCCUACACCACAGAAUUCUGCAGACUUGGGUAAAAAGCCAUGGGAGAGAAGUAAUUCGGUUGAAAAGCCUGUCCCCUCGUUACUGUCUAGAACCCCACCAGUUUUGAAGAGCCCUGAAGCUAAGAGUCCUAUACAAUCUCAGCCACCCUCUAGCAGGAUGAAACCUGUGAGUAGCAGCAAUGAUGUAUCAACAGACGCCUUAGAUUUUGACCGAAUGAAACAAGAAAUCCUAGAGGAAGUUGUCAGAGAGCUACACAAAGUCAAAGAAGAGAUUAUUGAUGCCAUCAGGCAGGAAUUGAGCCGAAUUAGUACAACAUAGUGAAGGUGUUGUCUGGGAAAUGUACAAUAGAGGAACGAAUGAAUAAUAUGGUCACUGCAAAAUAAAGGAAGCUAUCCACACUGUCUAUUCCCUUUUUAUUACCAGACUCCGCACACUUUCAAGCUUGCCGGCCUUGGAUUUAUUUUAUAUUUUUAAAGUCUUAACAUGAAAAACAAUAUUAAACAUUUUACAUUUCUCGAUAAUAUUUUUUUCUUCUUUUACUUUUUUUUUUUUUUUUUUUUUUAGACUUCACCUGGUAUUGCACAUCAAAUUUGUCAGCCUUUUUUUGUAAGAUAUAUUUGCUUAUUUAACUGUAUUAUUUUUCAUUUUGUAGUAGUUUGAGAAAAAUGUGAACCAUUUGCUUUAAUAGGAUGACCUCUGAGUAAUUGCACUGGUAGGCUGCAGUGUUAAGACUUUUUUUGCCAAUGGAAUUAUAUUGCAGAAUCACAAGAAAACCAGGAGACAUAUUACAAAUUGUAAGUGACAAAAUAAAAUUUCCACUUCAUCACAAUAUUAAAAAAACGGUACGUCAGUGCACCACAGUAGCUGUAUUCAUAAUGGUAAUAAACUGUUUAUUGUCUGAA